AUGGGCAGUUAAACCAGCAAUGCAAGACCAGCAACACCAGCUAAAAUUACCCGCUUGAGGUGGUACAACAAGCAAAACCAGCUGAAUUACCAUUUUAUGGGUAACCCAGCUGAAGGUAGCCUAUGUUUUUGCAAGAAUUUUGCUGGUGUAGCUGGUCAACCAUCAUAGGGUGGUCAAACAAGCUAGUCAACCAGCAAACUACCUUAAGCUGACCAGGCUGGGUUUUAUUUUUUUCAGCAGGGAAGUGCCAUGUCCUAAGAAAUGAUUAGAAAAUAAAACAACGGUAGGCCUACAUAGUUUCAACUUCUUCUAUUUGUGGUCUGGUACUCUACCAAUUUGAAACAGAGAAGCCCUGUAUAUCAUAUAGCCUAAGAAAGUAGGCUAUGGGCUACAUAAGCAUAAUUAGUUUCACCAGCUCUUGUGUUAAAGAACUGUAGGUAGGCUAUAAUAAGCGUAGACACAUCAUAGUGGUUUGAACGUGCACGAAUUCACUCAAAAGUGGGUGGUGUUACGUCGGGUUAAAGGUGACGCUACUUCGUUUGCGUCGUUUGGCGCCAGCAAGAGUUUUUCGCGGGGUAAAAGGACCAUAGCGCUUUGAUGAGAAGACUGUUCCAGUGAAAAAUUGUCGCUUUCUGGGUGAAAUAUGAUAACAUCAAUGGUGUUUUGUCAGUAAUUAUCACCGUUUCUUGAUAACGUGGAGGGUGUAAGGAUGAUGGCGACAGUGUCCCUCUCUGGUGCCAGCCUCAUUCCCCUGCUGGACUGCCUCGAGGAUACAACAGCUGGCCAGUCGGAGCAGACAGAUGCCUACCUCACCAUUGUUAGUCGUCUUAGUGGCGAGGAUGGGCAGCAGUACCAUGCCGUCAUCGUGAAGCACUUUGCUCGCCUCGGUAAAACCAUCCAGGCUCACAUCAGCAGUGAGAAUGCGGAGUUGAGCCAGGCCGCACUGCAGACCCUGGGCCUCUGUGUGUUCUACCCCCACAUCGUGUCUGCUGUCCCAGACACUUUUGCAGAGGAGAUGCUCACCGCACUUACAGAGCUAGUGGUGAAGUCGUCGGAGAAGAACACAUGCACUAGAGCAUUAUGGGUAAUCUCCAAACAGAACUUCCCAGCAGAUAUUAUUGGCCAGAAGGUCCCUGACAUCUUGACUGCUCUUGAGGCUGUGGGAAACCGAGAGGACAUCCAAUCUGUCGUAAUGGAACAUGAAGCAAUAAACGUCAUCAUUAGGUUGAUAGAGCAGGCUCCUGCCCCGAUGACUGAAGGUGCUGUUCAGUGGGUCAGACAGGUGAUUCCACUGGUGGUCCACUCUGCAUCAAAGGUGCGCUUGAGAGCGGCCGCCGCCCUGGAGAUGGGCCUGCCCCUUAUUCUGGAGAAACAGGAAGAGGUGGCAGCAAUGAUCGAACCCAUGAUGGCCACUAAACUUAUACCUGAACUUCAGAAGCUCUUCAACAACAAGAAUGAAACAAAUGUGCUUAAACUCUGGACGUUAUUUGUGAAAAUACUUGGGAAGAUGCUUCAUCGAGGAGGCUCCUUCAUAAACUCCCUGCUCUACUUGGAGGAGAUGGGCUUCCGGAGCUCCUCUCCCAGUGUUAAGAAGAUUGCUUUCUUUGCCUGGAAGAGCCUGAUAGACAAUUUUGCUCUUAAUCCUGAGAUCCUGUGCAGUGCCAAGCGUCUGAAGCUCCUCAUGUUGCCACUCAGCUCCAUCCAGGUGAAGACGGAGCCUCUGCUCCUCACCAAGAUCAACGUCUGGUGGUACCUGGUUGUCAAGCUGGGGCCCAACCUGGGCUCCAACUUCGAGCAGGUUGGUGUUGCACUGCUCCAGAACACAAUCCCUCAAGACGUCACCCCACUACCGACUCCUUCCGCAGCCACCACUCCCUCCCGAAGCAUCGGCCAGAGAAGCAGCUUCGGUGUCUCCACCCCAAAAGCAGGGACACCCCUGAGCAGCAGUCCAUCCCCAAGCUCUCAGUCCUCGGCCACCUUCCCCUGCGUUCAGCUGCUGGGUCUGGAGAUCCUCCUGCACUACCUACUCGGGCCACAGGUCCCCAGCAUCGCCUCCAAGACCAAGCUCAAGCUCUGCCUCGAACCGCUGACAGACCCCCUUCUGACUAGCACCUCAUUCUUCUCCAAGCACUCCUCGGUGUUCCUGUCCUAUGUCAGGAAUGGGUUCAUUGCUGUUGGCAAAGAUUCCCCAGGAAUGCUUCUCCACAUAAUUUGGAAGAGUCUGGUCGGUCAUGUUGUUAAAACGAUUGAUUCAGUUGGUAAUAAAAAGGAUCGACAGGGAUCUGAGGCUCUGACCUUGCUGAUGCAGUCUCUACGGGCCAUCCUGCUCUCAGAUGCCCUGCCUGCAAAACAAGCUCUGGAUCUUUUGGAAACCACUGUGAAAGGCAUCCCAAAGAAAGUGCUUGGCUCUGCAGCCUACCAAGUGGCUGAUAUGGAUAUUUUGAACGGCACCCCAGCUCUCUUCCUGAUCGGUCUCUUCUACAAUGGCAAACAUCUGUCAACAUUUGUGGAGGACGAGAAGUUCUUCAUGAGCUUGGAGACCCUGCUGUCUUGUGGCCUGUCCGGCCCCACGUCUCCGCUGGCGUUUGCCGAUGCUGUGCUGGAGGCGAUGAGCCGUGAUGCAGGCUCCCUGGAAAACAAAGAAUAUCUCUGGAGGAUGUGGAGUGUGGUGGUGAACCCACUGACCGACACCAUCACACAGUCCAAUGAAGUCAAUCAAGGGGAUGCCCUGGAGCACAACUUCAAUGCCGUUCACAGCGCCUUGAUGUUCCCGAUAUCCCACCUGCUACCUGGCAAAGCUCUCCCACAGAUGACUCAGAAGACCCUACUGGGCACAUGGUCCCGGCUUUACAUGGUUUUUGCCCGGUGUUCUGCCCUGGUGGCCACUGCUGAGGAGAACGUGUGCUGUGAGGAGCUGUGUGUCAAGAUGUCGUCUUCUCUGGAUGGACUGGAUUUAUCGGAUCCUCCAGUAUUGGAUGCUGUUGUAAGUGUCCUUCACACCAUGAUUGAGAGUGUGGACUUCUCUCCGUACACUCCCCAGUUCCAGCAAAAGAUGAAAUCUCCUCGUACUCCACUAGGCUGGGUAAGGAAAAGGAACAAAGCGCUGGGCAACCUCUCUGCUUUCCAUACGUUACUAGUGCACUGCCUGGAAGCAUUCCUUGCUUUGGACCUAACCAAGGUGGCUGCUGAUGGUUCUGGAGCCACACUGGGGGGUGUUGGCACCACGCUGAUCAACAUUGUGUCCAAAAUCUUUUCCAACCUGGCCCUACCCACAGUUAUUCAGGAGGCGUUCUCCAUUCUUGCCCAGCCUUUGGCCCUCAUGUUUGGUCUGACUGGAAGCACUGAAAAUGACAAGUCCAAAACCUACUCAGUUCUCAUGCAAAAAUUGGAGUGCCUCCUAGGGGACAUGUUGAGAUGUCUGCAGUCCCGCUCGGCCUUGCAGUACGACGACGAUAUGUUGUCUUUGCUGACCCCCCUUCUCUGUGAGACGUUUUUACAUAAGAGCAAGCAGAUCCGCACCCUUGUCAACCAGUUCUGGAAUGCUACAUUUGCAAAUGCCCUUGUUCUAAACUACCCAGAUAAAAUUAGGCCAGUUUUAAGCCAAGUAAAACAGAAGACUCCCAUCAUCUUACCUGGGUUUCAAGCUGUAGAAGUACCAGAGGACACUAGUGGACAGUAUAGCAGUGAGUCCUCUCAAAUGGAAACCAAGAUAAGUGGUGUGGCCGUGACCUCUGCGAAGAAGAGGGAAUCUUUGCUAAACAGACCUGCCGAACCAAAGACCCCAGACAUGCCUGCUAAGCCUGUAUCUGUCAAGCUUGAUUUUGGAUCGUCAAAGCUGCCUCGUCGGGAGAUGUUGGAGGAGGAGGCCUCAGUAGACUUUGUGUUCAUCCCUCCAGAGACGAAGGAGAGGGUGCUAACUGAACACCAGAAGGAGGUGAAAAGGACGAAAAGGGUUGAUAUCCCUGCCAUGUAUAACAACCUGGAUGCCUCCUUGGACACAACCACCUUUACCCAAUACACUCAGAGCCAAGAGGAAUCUAUGGACAAAUUGCCUGCAGAUGACCAAACUGCAACCAUUGAAAAGUCCUUGCCUGAGACCUCAAAUCAAAAUAAAUAUACUGUUGUGGAUGUAGACGAGGCCAAGGAUCAAAAUGGAAGCAACAUGGCUGAGCCAGUUCAGGACCCCGCAACAAAAAUGGACAUCUCUCUUGGAGGGGAUGAGGCGCCAUCAACAUCUGCUGAUAUCUCCAUGGAGGAUAUUGGUGGGCAAGAGCCAGAAGUUUUCAAACAGGACAUUAAUGAGGACAGGACUCCAACUAAACAAGACACUUGUUCCAAUAAAGAGGACAGUCCUAAUGUCUCUGGAUCAUCUGAUAUGGUCUCUGGGACACCCCAGAAACCAAAUAGCCGUCGACAGUCUUUCAUUACCUUAGAAAAGUAUGUUGAGGGAAGACCUUCUAGUCCCAUCAGUGUGGCUAGAUUUACUGGUCCCCUUGUAAAGAACACAGAGAGCCAGGAAAUGCCAAAGUCCCAGGGGUCCAUUGCGAAUAGUCCACACACCCCACAGGCAGAGACCAGUCAAGAAGUCUUCAUGGAGACAGAAAUGUCUCAAAAACAUUUGGAAGGAUCUUCUGAACAGGGUUUGAAAGACACCACCAAAGAUCUGAAGCCCUCCACUGAACGCCCCAGUGAAAGCACAGAGGAUGAGGAUGUCAUUCCAGAUACCCAGACAAAGAUUCUAAAGGAGGAUUUGGUUGCCAAUGGUAGGUCCCUUCCGAAAAAUGAUGUAGCUAAGACCACGCUAGAGGAGGAAUCAGAUGUUCUUACAGACUCUCAGUCUGAGACCUCUCCAGCAAAUCCAAGGCGCUCUGGGCGACAAAGAACCAAACCUAUGCGCCCCGGGGGAGAGUCAGAUGAGCAAGAAGGUAAGAAUAAAACAAGGGAGAAAAGGGUAGCUGCUAAUGAUAAGAACCUUUCUGUUUCUAAAGAAUCCACUCUUUCCCCUUCUCUGGAAACAGAUAGCCAACCCAGGGGUAGAAGGAGGAGUAGGUUAGCUGAAGUAGAAAAUGUUGACACUGUAAAAGUGAGAAAAAGUCUUAGAGGGGAUAUUAACAGUCUGAAUGAUUCACAAUCUGUUGCAGGAGAUAGCCAGCCACAGGGAAGGCAAAAAAGAAGUCAGGCAGCGUUGCUAGUUGCUUCCCAGAACUCGCCUCAUUCAAAUAGCCAAACACUGGAUAGACCUGGGAGGAGAACUAGGUCAGCCCAGGACACAGACUCUCAGCAGUUGAGUGGUGAGGCUGAAGUAGAUGGUCAGUCACAGGGCAGACCAGUUAGGAAGACAAGAAGAACUGAAACAGCUAAGCUGCAAAAUGAAAGUCAGAGCCAAAGUCUGACUGAUUCUGAGCAGCUUGCAAGUCAGACUGAAGUAGUAAUCAGAGGUAAACCUGGUCGAAGGCAAAAACUCGUCAGUGAAGAAGAUGAAUCCAAGAAUAGUUCAGAGAAUGCCCAAGUAGAGAACUUUGAAGAGAGUCAGGAAUCCUCCCAAGGAAAAGGUAGGCUCAAAACACGGAGGUCCUCCCAACUUAUAUCUGCCAGUGCUGAGAACUCUGACUCUAAUGCUUCGGAGACUGAAGGUCAGAAGCCUAGAAAGAGGGGCAGAAGACUGUAUUCUAUGAACGCAGAGCUAACUCACAGUCCACUAAAUAAUGCACAAACAAGUGAAAAUGUACUAGAGCCCCAAGAACUUGCUGGUGUUCAAAGCACACCAGAGCCCCAAGAACUUGCUGGUGUUCAAAGCACACCAGAGCCCCAAGAACUUGCUGGUGUUCAAAGCACACCAGAGCCCCAAGAACUUGCUGGUGUUCAAAGCACACCAGAGCCCCAAGAACUUGCUGGUGUUCAAAGCACACCAGAGCCCCAAGAACUUGCUGGUGUUCAAAGCACAGAGAUGCCUAACUCUGAUGUUCAAAGCACAGAGAUGCCUAACUCUGAUGUUCAAAGCACAGAUAUGCCUAACUCUGCAGCACCCCAGCAAAGCCCUUUAAAGAAUAGCAGUUUUGUCAAUGAUGACCAAAUGGUCCAUGACAAGGUAGAAACUAUGAAUGAAGAGAGGAAUGACGUACAUGAAGUAAUGGACACACAGAAAGAGGAGGGUGAAGACAUGAAAGAGGAGGAUGACAAAUCUCAAACCGAAAACAAAGAAGUUGUAAUAGCGGCAACAACAGAAGAUGUACAAAACAGCACAGAUGUAAUAACAGGCUCAGAUAUUAAAUCAGAAGAAGUAUUGCAGGAUUUGCCAGCUGGUCAAACCUCACAUAACAAGCUUGAGGAUAGUGAUGAGGCAGUGGUGGAGAUUAACCCUGUUAUUGAGAGCACCGAUUCGUCUAAAGAUAUGGUGGUAGAAGGUCCAGAUUCACAAAGUGAUUCAACAGAAGUUGUCUCCUCUCAAAGUGAAUCUGAUGGAACAGCCAAAAUUAGUUGUCCAGUGCAUAAUAGAAAGGGCCGUCGACGUCCACGCCUCAAGGACUGCAUUUGCCAUCUUGGGGUGAAGUCUGGUGCGGUUAGUCAAAGUGAGCCACAAGCGUCUCAGGAAAAAGAGACCAAUUCAGUUGACAGCAACCAGCUGCCCCCUUACUCUGAAGAAAUUACCUCAGAGGAAGUGAAGGCAGUUAGAAAUGAAAAUGGACUUCCAGAGGUACCAGUACCAGAGACUGAAACUACAUCUCUGCCAGUUAAAAGCCCAGACACACUUUCUGAUGCAGCUGUUGAAGUGGCUGUUUUGCCUCCAGAAUCCAUUGAGAAGGAUGAGGGUGAGCAUGCUGUCACAGAAGAGUCACAAGAUGAACUGAGGAAAAAUGAGACGACUGCUGAAGUGCUGGAAGAAUCUGAGUUUGUCAGUGUCGGAGAACAACAGGUUGAAGAGGCAGCUUCUGUUGAUCCAGUGGAAGCAGAAAGCCUCCGCAAGCAAGAAGAGCGCUUGGAAGAGUCUCCUGUCGGCACCACAGAAGAGGCUAUGGCAGUAGAAAAUGUCUUAACUAAUGAUGACGAUGGAGUAGCUCCUCUUGUAGAGGAUCCAAAAGGGGUGGUGGCAGAGGAAGAAGAAACUGAAAUGGAUCAAACUGAGAACACUGAACCAACAGUAGAACCAACAGAACCAACAGAACCAACAGAACCUCUGAACACUGCUAAAGAGAAGGAAACUGCUGUGUGCUUGGACUCCCCACCCAAGCAGAAGUGUUUGGAUGCAGUCACUGGCGAGCUAGAGGUGGGCCAGAGCCCCAGCAGCGGGAAGACCCGUGGGAUGUGGUCGCCAUCUGCGUCCCCUUCCACCAGCAUUCUGAAGAAAGGCCAGAAGAGACCCUCUGAGGAGGAUUCUCCCUCACCGCUGCUAAAGUCCCGCCGAGUGUCCUUUGCUGACCCUAUCUACCAGCAAGAGUUGGCAGAUGACAUUGAUCGUCGCAGCCCUGUAAUUCGGACAAGUUCACCAAGAUCCAAGAGUCUUGGUGGUCAGCCAAAGUUCAUAACGACACCAACAAAAGGUUUAUUGAACUUCAGUCCACGUAAUCUCCGAAGCCCAGGGUACAAGAGCUCUAAGAAGUGUCUGAUUUCUGAGAUGACUCUGGAGCCUCGGCCCAUUCCUAAGGACUGCGUAUACCCUGCCCUUGUUGCCUGCUCAACUCCCGUGGAGGCUGUGUUACCACAGAUCUCUUCCAACAUGUGGCCCCGUGGCUUUGGGCAGCUUGUACGAGCCAGGAACAUCAAAACAGUGGGUGACCUCAGUGCCCUUACACCAGCUGAAAUUAAAGCUCUUCCUAUUCGUUCCCCAAAGUUGUCUAAUGUGAAGAAAGCGCUUAAAUCAUACCACGAACAACAGCGAAAGGUUCGUUGUGAUGAUCUUAAAGGCUUUGAUGAGAUGGAGAAAAUGACAUCUGAGCCUGAGGAGCUUGAGUUGGCCGAGAAUCAAGACGAGGAAAAGGCACCAGAGGAAGCACAAGAGGUGACAUUGGAGGAGCCCACAACAGCUGAGCCGCAGGCCUCUGAGCAGCAGCAGGAGCAGCCUGAGAGCCUGAGCCUUCUGUCUGACGUCCAGGCCGUUGGGGAGCGCUUCAGUACAGAGGAGCUGGCCCACUACUCUCCAGGCCAGUUGGCUGUGAUGUACGAACACCUGAGUGGAAUGAUAAAGUCUGUUGUGGAUCGCCUGGUGGCCACCUCGAACAGUAUGCCUUGAACUUAAGUCGGCACAAUGCCUCUUUUUAAAAAGGAUUUUUUGGAUGAUGGUGAGCUGCGAGUUCUGCCAACCCGGCCAGCUUGGAUUGUAUAGUUUUAUUAACAGUCUCCUCGACAACCAGAUCAGUGACUAAACUACAGAAUACAUGGACCUCAAUGAUGCCUUUUAGUCAUCUUUUUAAGUGAUUCCUUUUAGUAGAAAGUUUUUUUCUUUCCUUGUUUUGUUUUUAAACUUGGUGUGCACAGACCGAGAUAUGGAUAGCACAUUUUUUUUUAUGUCAACCAUUGCUAAAAAUAAAGUGUUGAAAUGAA